AUGGAUUCUAAUUUAGACUUCAAAUUUUUAGCUCUUGGAGAUUCUGGUGUUGGAAAAACAUGUUUACUCAAUCAAUAUGUUGAUGGACAAUAUAAUGAAAGUUUAGCACCGACUGUUGGAAUUGAUAUUCGAAAUAAAACUUUUGAAUAUGAAUCAUCUCGAGCAAAUAAAGUUUUUACCAUUCAUUUACAAUUAUGGGAUACAGCUGGUCAAGAACGUUUUCGUUCUUUAACAUCAUCAUUUUUUCGUGAAGCUAUCGGUUUUUUACUCGUAUUUGAUUUAACAAAUGAAGCAUCAUUUAUUCAUGCACGUGAUUGGAUAGGUGAAAUACAAACUAAUGCUUAUGCAGAACAUGCUAUGAUACUUGUUGGUAAUAAAUGUGAUUUAGAAAAUGAACGUCUUAUUUCCAAAGAUCGUGCACAAGAUUUUGCUAAAGAAUAUAAUAUAAAGUAUAUUGAAACAAGUGCAUUAAAAAAUAUUAAUGUAACAGAAUCAGUUAAAUUAUUACUCGAUACAGUUAUGGAACGUUUUGAACACGAUAAAAAUCGAUCGAAAUCAAAUCAAUCUAUUAUUUCAUCUUUAAAUGAUAAUAAAAUUAAUCCAAGUUUAACUGAACGUAUAGCAGAAAGAUCAAAAAUAACUAUGUGUUGUUCGUAUUAA